CUGGUCAUCACAUCUCAACCAGCAUUGAGUCCGCCUGUUCUUGCGCAAAGGCGUCCGUAUUGCACCAGGGGCAUGAAACAGAGAACGGAUUUAUUCGAGGGCAUUGACGACAUCUCAUUUCAAGCACCGAUGGUCAAGAUUUCUGGGCCAGAGGGGCCGAUAAUGGUUUACAGGCCAUGGACUGUGUCAGAUAUGAAAGAGGCGAUGACACAUCUACCAGAUCCGUUCGACUCGGGAAAGCGCUUUGCUGAAGAACCGCUGAUAUUCUGUCAAGAAUUUAGUCCGACAAUGCCUGAACUCCGCAGGUUACUCGCUGUGAAGAUGGGGCCAGCAAACUGGCACAAAGUCAGCGCGGAGGCGGGCAAUGGACAAGAGCGCAGAGAACAUACAAACUGGAACAACGAUGAGAACCGACCUUACACUGUCGCUGUCACCACACUGUGCAAUGCCAUCAAAACAGCAUUCCCUGCCAGACUGGAUUUAACCAAGGUUUCAGACUGCAUGCAGAAGAAGGAUGAGUCUGUACAGGAUUAUUAUGUUCAUUUGUACGAUGUCUUCAAACGUUAUUCUGGUAUCCAUGAGCCUACAAACCGAGGAGAGGAAGCAGGCCUUUGGGAGAGCCACCUGAGAAAUUGUUUUUUAAAUGGACUGAGACCUGACAUUGUGACAUCUGUGAAGUCUACAUGCAUUAACUGGAAAAAUGAGAGACUUUAUAAUGUUUGUGCUCAUGCUGUGCAUGCUCAAGAGAAACAGGAUGACAAACAAGAGAGAAAGCGUGAACACUCUGACAAACAGUUACAGCUAGUGAUGACAGCUGUGGCUCAACAGCAAGGAGGCAAUGCUGUGUCUCGUCCACAGCGUAACUUAUACCGGCGAAAAUCUGAUGGACUGUGAUCGUUGCUGUUUGUGUGGGAAAACUGGUCACUGGGCAAAGGAUUGUAGCAGCAGAGGUGGUGAUCCGUAGAAAAAAGCAGACUGACUAUGUGAGCAGAGGAGGGAGGGGGAGAUUCUGGGAGUGCAGUCAACUCCACCAGAUAAGGGCUGUGGUAAAAGCAGCACAAGCUUGAGCAGCAGACAAACCGCUGCAUGAUGUGAAACCUGGAGAUUUCGUGGUGGUUAAAGACCUAAGGAGGAAACAUUGGAGAUCAAGGCGGUGGCAAGGGCCCUUUCAAGUGCUUCUGGUCACCCACACAGCAGUAAAGAUAGCAGAGAGAGCCACCUGGAUACACGCCAGCCACUGUAGGAGAGUCCCAGAGCUGGAUGUGACAGAGGAAUGGGAGUGAGAUGAUUGCAGAGAGACGUCUGCCUGUCGUGGACACACCUAUUCCCCUUUACAGUAUGUGUUGCAGCGAGUGACCUGGAAAACAAUCUUUAAUCUCUUGGAAAUUGGAGGUAUUUGUUUCCAAAACACAGAUGUGUAUUUCUCCUGGUCAUAUUUUACUUUUUUAAAAACACCUGAGUAAAUUUAUGUUUUAAGUAUGUCAUAGGUUCAUGAAGUUUUACGCUAAUGUAUCAGUUUUUCAAAUUCUGUUCUAUUGUUAUUGGGAAUGUUGAGAUGCUCCCUAGUUAAGUGUUUCGCCACUACUAGACACUGUCAU